AUGCAUGUCUUUGUCCAGAGUACCUGUGGAGAAGUAACAAUGGAUUCCUUAGACCAUAUGCUGACAGAUCCUCUGGAACUUGGUCCGUGUGGAGAUGGCCAUGGCACACGCAUCAUGGAGGAUUGCCUCCUGGGAGGCACCAGAGUUAGUCUGCCUGAGGACCUUCUGGAGGAUCCUGAGAUCUUCUUUGAUGUUGUCAGCCUCUCAACAUGGCAGGAAGUGUUAAGUGAUUCUCAACGUGAACACCUCCAGCAGUUUCUGCCUCAGUUUCCUGAAGACAGUGCUGAGCAGCAGAAUGAACUCAUCUUAGCCCUGUUCAGUGGGGAGAACUUCCGCUUUGGAAAUCCUCUGCACAUUGCCCAGAAGCUUUUCCGAGAUGGACACUUUAACCCCGAGGUGGUCAAGUACCGGCAGCUAUGCUUCAAGUCACAGUACAAGCGCUACCUCAACUCCCAGCAGCAGUAUUUCCAUCGGCUGCUGAAGCAAAUUCUUGCUUCCCGGAGUGAUCUGCUGGAGAUGGCCCGGCGGAGCGGCCCCGCCCUUCCCUUCCGGCAGAAACGCCCUUCACCAUCCCGCACACCUGAGGAGCGGGAGUGGCGGACCCAGCAGCGUUACUUGAAGGUCUUGAGGGAAGUGAAGGAAGAGUGUGGUGACACCGCCCUGUCAUCUGAUGAAGAGGCCACGUUGGAUUUACAAGAACAAUUUUCUUUUGAAGAUCUCAGCUCAUGGCUUCCAAGCUCCCCAGCACGUUCUCCUAGUCCUGCGGUGCCCCUGAGGGCGGUGCCCACACUUUCAACCACGGAUAUGAAAACUGCAGAUAAAAUAGAACUGGGGGACAGUGACCUGAAGAUUAUGUUAAAGAAGCACCAUGAGAAGCGGAAACAUCAGCCAGAUCACCCGGACCUUUUGACAGGGGACCUGACCCUCAGUGACAUCAUGACUCGAGUCAACGCUGGCAGGAAGGGCUCUCUCGCAGCCUUAUAUGAUUUGGCUGUCCUUAAAAAAAAGGUUAAGGAAAAAGAGGAAAAGAAGAAGAAGAAAAUAAAAACGAUCAAAUCAGAGGUAGAGGACCUGGCUGAGCCUCUAAGCAAUACUGAAGGGGUUGCAUCUCUCUCACAGGCCCCCUCUCCGCUGGCAAUUCCUGCUAUCAAGGAAGAGCCCCUUGAAGACCUCAAGCCUUGCCUUGGAAUCAAUGAAAUAUCUUCCAGCUUUUUCUCUCUUCUAUUAGAGAUCUUGCUGCUGGAGAGUCAGGCUAGCCUUCCUAUGCUAGAGGAGCGAGUUUUGGAUUGGCAGUCAUCACCAGCCAGCUCCCUCAACAGCUGGUUCUCUGCGGCCCCCAACUGGGCUGAGUUGGUACUACCAGCCCUGCAGUAUCUUGCUGGAGAAAGUCGAGCUGUUCCUUCCAGUUUCUCUCCAUUUGUUGAAUUCAAAGAGAAAACCCAACAGUGGAAGUUGCUUGGCCAAUCCCAAGAUAAUGAAAAGGAAUUGGCUGCCCUCUUCCAGCUAUGGCUAGAGACCAAAGAUCAGGCCUUCUGUAAGCAAGAAAAUGAAGACAGCUCAGAUGCCACGACACCUGUCCCUCGGGUAAGAACUGACUAUGUGGUGCGGCCCAGCACGGGGGAGGAGAAGCGGGUUUUUCAGGAGCAGGAGCGUUACCGGUAUAGCCAACCCCAUAAGGCGUUCACCUUUCGCAUGCACGGCUUCGAGUCUGUGGUGGGGCCAGUGAAGGGCGUGUUUGACAAGGAGACCUCGCUCAACAAGGCUCGGGAGCACUCCCUGCUGCGCUCCGACCGGCCUGCCUACGUUACCAUUCUGUCUCUUGUUCGGGAUGCUGCGGCUCGACUGCCUAAUGGAGAAGGCACACGGGCAGAAAUCUGUGAACUGCUUAAGGACUCCCAGUUUCUUGCACCAGAUGUCACCAGCACUCAGGUAAAUACAGUAGUGAGUGGUGCACUGGAUCGGCUACAUUAUGAAAAAGAUCCUUGUGUGAAAUACGACAUUGGACGAAAGCUGUGGAUCUACCUGCAUCGUGACCGGAGUGAAGAAGAAUUUGAGCGGAUUCACCAAGCACAAGCAGCUGCAGCUAAAGCCAGAAAAGCUCUUCAGCAAAAACCCAAGCCCCCAUCCAAGGUGAAGUCCAGUAGCAAGGAGAGCUCCAUAAAGGUCCUUAGCAGUGGUCCUUCUGAGCAGAGCCAGAUGAGCCUCAGUGACUCCAGUAUGCCACCCACCCCAGUCACACCUGUAACCCCCACCACACCAGCAUUGCCUGCCAUUCCCAUCUCCCCUCCACCUGUAUCGGCGGUGAACAAAAGCGGCCCUACCACAGUCUCAGAACCAGCUAAGUCUAGCUCAGGCGUUCUUCUGGUGUCUUCACCAACAAUGCCACAUCUGGGAACAAUGCUUUCCCCAGCUUCCAGCCAGACUACACCCAGUUCUCAGGCUGCUGCCCGGGUCGUGAGCCACUCUGGCUCUGCCGGACUGUCCCAGGUGCGAGUGGUGGCCCAGCCUAGCCUUCCUGCUGUUCCCCAGCAGUCGGCAGGGCCAGCACAGACACUGCCACAGAUGCCAGCAGGACCGCAGAUCCGGGUUCCAGCCACUGCCACGCAGACCAAAGUAAUGCCUCAGACAGUAAUGGCCACUGUGCCAGUCAAAGCGCAGACUACGGCAGCCACUGUGCAGCGGCCUGGACCUGGACAGACAGGGCUCACGGUGACAAGUCUCCCUGCCACAGCCAGCCCUGUGAGUAAGCCAGCCACGAGCUCUCCUGGGACCUCUGCUCCCAGUGCAUCUACGGCUGCUGUCAUUCAAAACGUCACGGGACAGAACAUCAUCAAGCAGGUGGCAAUCACUGGGCAGCUCGGGGUGAAGCCGCAAACAGGCAACAGCGUUCCACUCACAGCCACUCACUUCCACAUCCAGGGCAAGGAUGUGCUGCGCCUGCCGCCCUCUUCCAUCACCACAGACGCCAAGGGCCAGGCGGUUCUGCGCAUCACUCCGGACAUGAUGGCCACGCUGGCCAAGUCCCAGGUUACCACAGUCAAAUUGACACAGGACCUCUUUGGGACAGGAGGCAACACUACAGGCAAAGGCAUCUCUGCCACCUUACACGUCACUUCCAAUCCAGUCCAUGCAGCUGAUAGCCCUGCCAAGGCCAGUUCAGCCAGUGCUCCUUCGUCCACUCCAACAGGUACCACUGUGGUCAAAGUGACUCCCGACCUCAAGCCAACAGAAGCCUCAGGUUCAGCUUUUCGCUUGAUGCCAGCCCUUGGCGUGAGUGUGGCUGACCAGAAGGGAAAAAGCACAGUGGCCUCUUCAGAAGCAAAACCAGCUGCCACGAUCCGCAUCGUGCAGGGACUGGGAGUGAUGCCUCCCAAAGCAGGCCAGACCAUCACCGUUGCAACCCAUGCCAAGCAAGGGGCCUCGGUAGCCAGUGGGUCUGGAACUGUCCAUACUUCAGCGGUGUCCUUGCCCAGUAUGAAUGCUGCCGUGUCCAAGACUGUGGCUGUGGCUUCUGGGACUGCAAGCACCCCCAUCGGCAUCGGCACGGGAGCCCCCACCGUGCGGCAGGUCCCCGUCAGCACCACGGUUGUGUCCACGCCCCAGGCUGGGAAGUUGCCUACACGGAUCACUGUUCCCCUGUCUGUGAUCAGCCAGCCAAUGAAGGGCAAGAGUGUGGUCACAGCCCCCAUCAUCAAAGGCAACCUUGGAGCCAACCUCAGUGGGUUGGGCCGCAACAUCAUCCUCACAACUAUGCCAGCGGGCACUAAGCUCAUUGCUGGCAAUAAGCCUGUUAGUUUCCUCACUGCUCAGCAGUUGCAGCAGCUUCAGCAGCAAGGUCAGGCCACACAGGUGCGCAUCCAGACUGUCCCUGCAUCCCAUCUCCAACAGGGAACAGCUUCUGGCUCCUCCAAAGCGGUCUCCACUGUUGUUGUGACUACAGCUCCGUCUCCUAAACAGGCACCUGAGCAACAAUGAUGAUGAGAGAGGAUGGCUUCCAUGAAAGCCCGUGCCUGGGGUUUGGGGUUGAGGGUAGAAGAAUCAGCGAACGCAACCAGAUCCCCAGGAGGUUUGUCCAGGAGUGGAGAUGAGCAAGACAUCAUCACUGAGGUCGGAGUGUGGCUGAUAGAACAAUCCCUGGGCUUCCCUGCCAAGUGAGCAGUGAAAGAAAUCCCGGACAGAAACGAUUAGGUUGGAAGCAGAAUCUGAGCAGAGACACACAAGCGGCUCCCAGGUGCGUGUCUGCAGAGCUGACUUUGAGUGCGUGUCCUUCCUGGGCACAGAGCCAGCUCUGCAAGCCCUGUGCCCCUCCCAGCUCUGUGUUUUAAAACACUGGGUAAACAAGGCAGAGGCCCCAUGAUGUGGGCCAGAAAAUGACGAAACUGCGCCACAGGAGAGCUCUUUGUUCUUACCCCCUCUACUUUUAUACCUAAUUUACAAGGCAAAAGAUUUGUUUUUAUGUCUGGUACCCAAAAUGUUCUUGGGGAAGCCUAGAAGAAAUCCUCCAUGAUGACAUUUUGGACUCUGUUCCCCAGAUAUUUGUUUCUCAAGCCAGAUCCUUUUUGAAUUCCCACACAAAGAGUCAAGGAGUUGUGGAAAUGACCCAGGAAAAGUCCCAGUGACGCUAGAAUGGAAGCCCUGUGACAGCAGAGACUGUGUGGUUCCCCAGUGUGUCUCCUAUGCCUGGAACAGUGACUUCCUGGCAUGUGGUAGGCGUGCCAGAGAGCUGUUGAAUGAGUACCUUUUUCACCCAGUCAAGGGACCAAAUGCUGUAAUUGUCCUAGCUUUAUUUAGGCAAAGGUUGACGCUGUCCUGACCCUUUAAGCCGCAGGUCCCUGUCACUUCUCACGGGAAGCCUCUCUGAUGCGUGAAUGGUGAGUGGGGAAGUUUGGCAGGAUGAGGCCAACAAAGCUGUGUAAAGCUUUGCUUUCUCCAAGAGAAGCCAGCAAUGUUGCUUCACUCUCUCCAAGAAACCGCAGGCCACUGAUGACAAGUGGUGAUUGUCAGUUGCAGAUUAAGACCCCUCAUUCCCCCCAGGUGGGGCUGGUCCUGAGGAAGAACACCUGUUACUGUCAUCACUGCUUGUUCUUGGAGGGCCCCAGUGGAGCGGAGUGGAUGCAAAGGAAACAGUGGGAGUGGGUGGAUCUUGUUGGAAUGGGGGCAGAGUGAAGGAAAUUCCCUCUCCAACAGCCCUCUGCUGCUUUUUCUCUCCCACUGGCUAAUUUAUUAAUCUGCAUAAACUCUCUCUACGCACUUGAGACUUGAGGAUGAGGAUGAGCCAAUGGGUUGGGUGUCAACUACUGUAAGGAUCUAGAGGGAGAGACGAUUGAGGAAAAAGGUGAUUUUUCUACUUUGUCACAGCUCAGGUACGUGAGCCCAAUCUAUUUUGUUUUUUUCUCUUUGUAUUUGUGUCAGAUCUUUUUCAUACAGUGGGUGUUUUGCUCCAACAACUUUCCAUACCUGUGUCCUUGUUGAUUUGAUAGUUUUUCACAGUGUCCUAUGAUGUGAGAGCCAUCAACCGUUCGUAUUAUAAAGCUCUGUACGCAAUGGAUGUUAUAAUAAA